UGUCUGCCCAAAAAUUCAUAAAAAAAACCCAAAUCUUUGAUCUAUUUACAUAUACACCCUCCUCUUCUUUUCUUCUACGACUUCUCUUUCUCUUUCCAGUAAAAACAACAAAUAAAGGAAACGAACUUUUUCAACAAUAAUCUUUUCCAAUAUAUCUAUAUAUAUCGAGCUCGUUCAUUCAUUAACUCAACAGGGUUCUUUCCUUUUUUAAAAUCAAUGGCUUCUUCUUCGUCUCCUUUCCUCUCUCUUCUCCUACUCAUUCCCCUGUUUUUCUUCUUCUUCAACUCUGCAAACGCCAAGAGGAGCUCCAGUGAUGGCUCCGAGGAAUGGGGCUAUGUUCAAGUUAGACCGAAGGCCCACAUGUUCUAUUGGCUCUAUAAAAGCCCAAAUCGAGUCGAUAACGGGUCUACUCCAUGGCCAACUGUACUCUGGUUGCAAGGAGGACCUGGUUCUUCUGGUGUUGGGCUUGGAAAUUUUGUAGAGGUUGGACCUCUGGACACUAAUUUGAAGCCGAGGAUAUCGACUUGGUUGCAGAAAGCCGAUCUCCUCUUCGUGGAUAAUCCAGUAGGAACUGGAUACAGUUUUGUUGAAGAUCAGAAUGCAUUCGUGAAGACCGAUGAAGAAGCUGCAAUUGAUUUAACUACACUUUUAAAAGCUUUGUAUAAAUCUGAUGAGAGGCUGCAGAGGAGUCCCCUAUUUGUUGUAGCUGAAUCUUAUGGAGGAAAGUAUGCUGUUACUCUUGGAUUAUCGAUUGUUAAGGCGAUUAAGGCUAGAGAAUUGAAGCUCAAAUUUGGAGGAGUGGCUUUGGGAGAUAGUUGGAUCUCACCAGAAGAUUUUGUGUUGUCAUGGGCUCCUCUGCUUAGAGAUGUUUCGAGGAUGGAAAUUGUUGGGGCAGAAAAGGCUAACAGUUUAGCUGAGCAAAUCAAGCAACAGAUAGCAAAUGGACAGUAUGAGGAGGCAACUGCUGCUUGGAGCAACCUCGAGAAUAUAAUUACCAAGUACUCUAAUUCAGUGGAUUUCUAUAAUUUCUUGCUGGAUUCAGACCAAGAUCCUGUAUCAACUACCACUCUCUCAAUGACAAUGGGGACGUCUAUGAACAGAUAUGCAAGGUAUCUGAGCUCUAAGGCUGAUUCGUCCAAUGGUGAUAUUGACCAACUCAUGAAUGGCGUAAUUAAGCAGAAACUGAAAAUAAUUCCAAAGAAUGUAAGCUGGGGAGGGCAAUCUGAUCUUGUCUUCAGUGCACUAAGCCAUGAUUUCAUGAAACCAAGAAUUGCUGAGGUUGAUCAGCUACUGUCCCUUGGAGUCAAUGUCACUAUCUACAAUGGACAGGUGGAUUUGAUUUGUGCAACCAAAGGUACAGAAGCCUGGGUUCAGAAACUGAAAUGGCCUGGACUUCAAAAUUUCAACAAAAUAGAGAGAAAACCUAUAGCCUGUGAAGGUGUUGUAGGCACUAAAGGCUUUGUCAAGUCCUAUAAGAACCUACAUUUUUAUUGGGUCCUUGGAGCAGGCCAUUUCGUGCCAGUGGACAACCCGUGUGUUGCAUUAAAGAUGUUGAGUCGCAUUACUCAAUCCCCUGCUUCUGCUUCAUAGAUUGACUCAGAAUUCAUCAAAUUAUCCCCUGCUCUUUUAUAUAUUUGAUUGAUUGAUUGAUGACACGGAAGAAAAAUAAAGGCAUUGCCAAUAAAAGCAUUGGUAUUCUCUUUUUGAGUCA